CUUUCUUUCUUUCUUUCUUUCUUUCACUCUUAUGUGUAAGAUGAUGACCCUUUUCAAAUUCUCCCUCAGGGGACAGAAGGGGAGUACCCUCACCCUUGGAACCUGCCUCGGUCUCCCACCCAACCCCCAUCGCCAGGGCCCCCCUGGCCAUGUGCUGAGAGAUGUCCCUCUCCAGGCUGAACAGCUUCACCAAUGGCUUCCUGGAAGACCCCUCCCGGAUGGAGGCGGCCAACGGGGCGGAUAUGGCCCAGGUUCUCAAGUGCUUGGAGAUGGGCACCAUCCUGACCUUGUUCUACCAGAAGAAGUCCCAGAGGCCCGAACGGAGGAGCUUCCAAGUCCGGCCGAAGAGCCGUCAGAUCGUCUGGAGCCGAAGCCCUGAGAAGGUGGAGGGGGACGUGGACAUCAGGGAAAUCAAACAGAUCCGACCCGGGAAAAAUUCCAGGGAUUUUGAACGUUACCCGGAAGAAGCCCGGAAGUUGGACUCAACGUUGUGUUUUGUCAUCCUGUAUGGAACGGACUUCCGGCUGAAGACGCUGAGUGUUGCUGCUUUUUGCGAGGACGAUGUGACCCUCUGGGUGGCCGGGCUGAAUUGGCUGGUGACUGAUACGCAGCGAUCACCGACUCCUCUCCAGACUGAAAGAUGGCUGAGGAAGCAGUUCGACUCAAUGGACAGAUCUAGAGAAGGCAGCAUCAGCCAGAAAGAUCUGAAGGCCUUGUUACCUCAGGUCAACUACCGGGUUCCGAAUAUGCGUUUCCUACGAGAUAAACUUGUGGAGCUGGAGGUUCGUGGUGAUAUCACCUUCAGCCAUUUUACGCACUUCUACAAAAAUCUGAUGUUCGAUGCGCAGAAAUCGAUCAUCGAACAACUGGAGUUGUCCUUCCCUUUACGGAACAUGGAUCGGCCGGAACUCUGCCAAAUCACCUUAUACGACUUCCAGAAAUUCUUACAGUAUGAUCAAAAGGAAGCCUGGGCGAGUGACAUCGGUAAGGUACGCAGGUUUAUGUGCAGCUACCUGCAGGAUCGUUUUGCUGACAUGACGGAGCCCGUCUUCCAGCUGGAUGAAUUCCUGACGUUCUUGUUCUCCAAAGAAAACAUGCUGAUGGAUUCCAAGGGUGAGCAAGUGGUCCCUGAAGAAAUGAACUUCCCCUUGUCGCAGUACUGGAUCUCGUCUUCUCAUAACACGUAUCUCACGGGGGAUCAGUUCUCCAGCGAGUCCUCCCUGGAAGCCUAUGCCCGCUGCCUUCGGAUGGGCUGCCGAUGCAUUGAAUUGGAUUGCUGGGAUGGCCCUGAUGACCUGCCCAUCAUCUACCACGGCCACACGCUGACCUCCAAAAUCAAGUUCCUAGAUGUCUUGCACACCAUCAAGGAGCACGCCUUCACGACCUCCGAGUAUCCCAUCAUCCUUUCCAUCGAGGAUCACUGCAGCAUCGUCCAGCAGAGGAACAUGGCGUCCCACUUCAAGAAGGUCUUUGGCGACAUGUUGCUGACCAAACCGGUUGACGUCAAUGCUGACCAACUUCCUUCUCCUGCUCAGCUCAAGAAAAAAAUCCUCAUCAAGCACAAGAAGCUGGUGGAAGGCAACCUCUAUGAAGAAGUCUCCACGGCCAGCUACUCGGAGAACGACAUCAGCAACUCCAUCAAGAAUGGCAUCCUGUACCUGGAAGAUCCCAUUGACCAUACCUGGAGCCCCCACUACUUUGUCCUGACAAGCAACAAGAUCUACUACUCGGAGGAGACCUCCCACUACCAGUCCCAUGGGGAAGAGGAGGAGGAGGCGGAACAGAAGGAGGAGUUUAACAACAACGAGCUGCACUUUAGUGAGAAAUGGUUCCAUGGCAAACUGGGCGGGGGCCGCGACGGGCGUCAGAUUGCCGAACGCCUGCUGCACGAAUACUGCACCGAAACCGGGGGCAAAGAUGGCACUUUCCUCGUCCGCGAGAGCGAGACAUUUGUGGGCGACUACACUCUCUCUUUCUGGCGUUCCGGACGGGUCCAACACUGCCGCAUCCACUCGCGGCAAGAAGCCGGCACCACCAAGUUCUACCUGACCGACAACCUGGUUUUUGACAGCCUUUACAGCCUCAUCUGCCAUUACCGCGAGGUGCCGCUGCGCUGUAACGAGUUCGAGAUGCGCCUGACGGACCCCGUGCCACAGCCCAACGCCCAUGAGAGCAAGGAGUGGUACCACCCGAACCUGUCCCGUCUGCAGGCCGAGCACAUGCUGAUGCGGGUGCCCAGGGACGGCGCCUUCCUGGUGCGCAAGAGAAGCGAGGCCGACUCCUACGCCAUCUCCUUCCGGGCCGAGGGGAAGAUCAAGCAUUGCCGAGUCCAGCAGGAAGGGCGGCUUUUCACGCUGGGCAGCUCGGCGGAGUUCGAGAGCCUCCUUGACCUGGUCAGCUACUACGAGAAGCACCCGCUCUACCGCAAGAUGAAGCUGCGGUACCCCAUCAACGAGGAGACCUUGGAGAGGAUGGGCACGGCGGAGCUGGAUUAUGGGGCACUGUAUGAGGUGAGGAGCCCUCACUUUUACGUGGAAGCCAACAAGAUGCCCGUGGCCAGGUGUACCGUAAAGGCCUUGUAUGACUACAAAGCCCAGCGAGAAGACGAGCUCUCCUUCUGCAAACAAGCCAUCAUCCAUAACGUUGACAAGCAGGAUGGGGGAUGGUGGCGAGGAGAUUAUGGCGGGAAGAAGCAGCUCUGGUUCCCUGCUAACUACGUGGAGGAGACCUUGAGUGCCUCCGUGCCGGAGCAGGACGAAGCGUCGGUGGAGAACAGCCCUCUGGGGAACUUUCUGAAAGGCUUCAUCGACGUCCCGUCGUGCCACGUGGUUAUCUCGAAAGACGCCAGGAGCCCCAAACCCUUUGUCUUCACCAUCCAUUCUCAGCAGAUGACCCACCCAUCCCAGUCGCUGGACGUCGCCACGGAUACUCUGGAGGAGCUGAACGACUGGGUGGCCAAGAUCAGAGAGGUCACGCAGAACGCAGACGCUAGGAUGCAGGAAGGGAAGAUCAUGGAACGGAGGAAGAAGAUUGCCCUGGAGCUCUCAGAACUGGUCGUUUAUUGCCGUCCGGUGCCCUUCGAUGAGGAGAAGAUCGGCACAGAGAAAGCCUGUUACCGGGACAUGUCUUCCUUCCCGGAGACCAAGGCGGAGAAAUACGCCAACCGCAGCAAGGGGAAAAAAUUCCUGCAGUACAACCGGCGACAGCUCAGCCGCGUCUACCCCAAGGGCCAGCGCCUCGACUCCUCCAACUAUGACCCCCUGCCCAUGUGGAUCUGUGGCAGCCAGUUAGUGGCCCUCAACUUCCAGACGCCCGACAAACCGAUGCAGCUGAACCAGUCGCUCUUCAUGCUGGGCGGGCGCAGCGGCUACGUCCUGCAGCCGGACAUGAUGCGGGACGACGUCUUCGACCCUUUCGACAAGAGCAGCCUGAAGCACGUGGAGCCCAUCACCGUCCAGUUGCAGAUCUUAGGGGCCCGGCACCUGCCCAAAAAUGGCCGCAGCAUCGUUUGCCCGUUUGUGGAGGUGGAGGUGUGCGGCUCGGAGUUCGACAACAGCAAAAACAAGACGGAUGUCGUAGCCGACAACGGCCUCACCCCCCUCUGGCUGCUGAAGCAGUUCAUCUUCGACAUCACCAACCCCCAAUUCGCCUUUCUCCGCUUCGUGGUUUACGAGGAAGACAUGUUCAGUGACCCCAACUUCUUGGCCCAGGCCACCUUCCCCGUCAAAAGCCUCAAAACAGGCUACCGGUCGGUGCCACUGAAGAACAGUUACAGCGAGGAUCUUGAGCUGGCUUCUCUGCUGCUCCACAUUGAAAUCAUCAACGCCAAGGAAGAAGAUGACGAGAACUUGUAUUCCUCCAUCCAGCAACUCCGGGACCGAGCGAACGAGCUCUCCAACCAGGUUUCGAACCUGGAGCACAGCAACAACUGCGACGCGCGCUACCAGCAGCGGCUGGAUGAGCUGAGGUUGGCGCAGGAGCAACUCAUGGAGCUAACCGAAGCACGCAACAGGAAGUUGAUGGAGAAGAAGAAGCGAGACCGGCAAAUGGCCAACAAGCGUAACUGAUCGGCACCGGACUUCCCUGGUCUGCCGCUGUGUCUCUUCUUCAGCCUUCCAAGAGACAUCCUUCAGGCCCUUCACCGAAUCCUGCCGGCUUCCCGGGCCGCGGGGACAAGGCCCCCUCGGCUGGAAUUCUCUUUGGGCAUAGAAAGCAGGAAUCCUGGCCUACUAUUUUCUCAUGAAACCGGCCGGCUCAACCCUUCCUGCCUUGGAAGAAUGCCGUUCUCACCGUCAUUCUCUUCUUUGACACAUUUCAUCAGGGCUCUGUCUUAAUCCACUUUUUUUGUGGGGGGUCCCCUUUCCUGGUGGAUCGGGAAAGAGGAGCCUUUAUGAUGUUUUUUUUAAUUAUUAUUAAUUAUUAUUCUUUUUUUUUUGGCUUUGGUGCAACUAAGGCAGUUAGCAAAGUGCCUCUAAUCUAACUUUCCCCAGAGAAUGUGGGUUUUGCACAGGAGAAACUCGGUGGGGCCAGAUGAGAAGGGGAAGAGAUUGGGGGGAGGGGGGGCAGCAGAGGGAUAUGAGGGAGUCUCAGAGGAUUGGCCUGCCGGAUCCUAAAGGAUCCCUGCCACAUUCAGCUCUUGAGGAUCAAGUCUUGGACGCGAGCGAGAGAGGCUGAGAGCAAUUUCCCAGUGGCGUUGUGUUCUGCUUUGCAAGCCUGCCUUCCCAUCCUAAAUUCCAAAUUGUGCCAGAGGCAAAGCCCCACACACCUCUCUCCGCAGACCAUCGUGGUGCCCAGUGGGCAGCCUUGGGUAUAUUUAUUUAUUUAUUGUGGAGUAUGGAAGAAAAAAAAUCUCCCCUUCCCCACCAAUAACCGUCCCGGAAGUCUGUGGAGGCCGAUUCGGAGAAAUGUCACUUGCAGAAAGAAAUAUUUUCAUUUUUGCUAUUCCUUGUGGCCUCCUUUCCCUUGGAGACGCCCUUUCUUCUUCCUUGACGGUCACGUCGGGGACAAUCUAAGGCAGGCAGGCGUUAUUUGGAAACCAAGUCAGGGAAAGACAAAGCCGCCGCAGAGACGUGGCACCUGAAGAGCAAAGCACGAUCCGGGCGCAAAAGAUAGUCCAUCGUCCUUUCCCCAAAGCGGCCUCUCCAGAUUCCUCUUCGGGAUCCCCCCAAAAAGGCGCUUGUCUUUCGGCUGAACUGCUUCCAGCCUUCGGCUCUUCUUUAAAAGGCAUAAUCUUUAUUUUUCUCUUGCUGCGAUCUGCAUUUGGUCUUAACGCUGGCUGUUGAAGGGAG